ACAAUCAACGGAGAAAACUGCCAUCAAAAACAGAAUCUCAUAGUGCUCAUGAAAUCAUUCUCGAAUCUAUGCCUACCAUGUGUUCGACUAAAUGCCUCAAUGAAGGUCCCACUUUCCACCACCAUCAACGACAUCAUUUUCCACUUACACCAUUUCUCUCCACCUUUCUUAACAAUAAAUAAAUCAAAAAGCCACCAAAUUUCAUUCUCAUUUCAACUAAAACCUUUGAUUUUUUUAAUCACCCAAUUAAAUAUCUUUUUCUUUUGUAUGUUCCCUUUAAGGGUAACAACAGUAUGCCAACUCCGGUGAAAACAGCCAAACAAUGCCUUAACAAUGAAGCUUCUUACGCGCUUGAUGAAGCUGUGUCAUUAACGCGCCGUCGUGGACAUGCUCAAACGACGUCGCUUCAUGCUGUUUCAGCUUUCCUUUGUUUAUCUCCUUCACAACUUAGGGAAGCAUGUAUAAGAGCCAAAAACGCAGCUUUUUACUCCAAAGUUCAGCUUAAAGCUUUGGACUUUUGUUUAUCUGUAUCAUUAGAUAGAUUACCCAUGUCACAACCUCGUGUAGAUGAACCUUCAAUCUCUAAUUCUUUAAUGGCCGCAAUCAAACGAUCACAAGCUAAUCAAAGGAGACACCCUAAUAGCUUAAUCACCAUUAAAAAUCAUCAAGUGGGUCAUCAUUGUAAUCAAGAACAAUUAGGGAAUAGUUGUAGUUCAUUAGGGGUUAAAGUAGAAUUACAACAUUUGAUUGUGUCAAUACUUGAUGACCCAAUAGUUACUCGUGUGUUUAAUGAUGCUGGGUUUAGUAGUUUUGAUGUAAAGUUAGCACUUUUAAGGCCAUUGCAGAGUUAUUUUAGAUACCCACCAAGUGUUUUUGGUGGGUAUUUGGACCCGGGUGGUGUUGGAUUCCGGUUUCCGUUUUCGGAGUAUGGGGAUGAAGAGGGGGAUUAUAGAAGGAUUGGUGAAGUUCUAGUGAAGAAAAAAGGGAGAAAUCCUUUGCUUGUUGGUGUUACUGCAAAUUCUGUUCUUAAGGGUUUUGAGGAGGUUUUAGAGAGGAAAAAGGGAAGUAGUUUUUUGCCUAUGGAAGUACAUGGGAUUAAUGUUUUUUGUAUUGAGAAAGAUGUUUUGAAGUUUGUGAAUGAGAAUUGGAGUAUUGAGGCUGUGAGUUUGAGGCUUAGGGAGAUAGAUUUGAUGGUAGAAAAGUGCUCAGGACCAGGUUUGAUAGUUAGUUUUGGUAAUCUGAGGUGUUUUCUUGGUAGUAGUAAUAAUGGGUAUGUGUUGGAUUUGGUGAAUUGUGUUGUUAAAAAGUUAACCAAGUUAUUGGAGAUUCAUGAUAAUAGAGUAUGGCUUAUUGGUUCUGCUGCUAAUGAUCAGAUGUACAUGGAGUUUCUACAUAGAUUUCCAUCAAUAGACAAUGAAUGGAAUUUGCAGCCUCUACCAAUCACAUCUGUCAGGCCGGCCUUGGUCGAAUCAUGUUUCAAGUCUAGCUUGAUGGGAUCUUUUGUUCCACUUGGGGGGUUCUUCUCAUCUCCUGAUGUCAAGUGUUUAGUCAGCAGCUCAUGUCGUCAAAACAUUACCCACUCCGCGAGCAAUGAAAGAUUUGAGGAAGAAAGAACUUCCGUCUUAAAUGGAGGACACACUGUUUCAGUUACUGACAAACAGCAGACUACUCUUUCUCCUUGUCUGCAGCUAGCUAAACAAGGAGCAAAAAAUAUGUUGGAUGACCUAGAGGCUAAAGAGGGCAAAGUGUUGCUAAGUGCUCCAGAAGCAUUUUUACAGAGAAAUCCGGGAAACUUAUGCCAAUCUCAGAACCAUAGUCAACCAUCACCCAAGGCAGAUGUUUGUCAAAAUUCUUUUCUACUUUCGACUGAUGUAGGCUUCCACUGUCUUGAAGAAAAGGUAGAAAAUAUUAACAAUGGGAGCACCUGCACCACCAGUGGCUCUUGCAAGCAGUGUGAUUAUGGAAAGAUCAAAUCGUGCACGCCCAUAGAUUUAGAGAAACAAUCUCAGUCAAGGAGGCCAGUGUUUUUAAGUGCCCAAAGAACCGACCAUCCUCCUACUAGUGGAUCUUCAUCUCCAUACAGUCUUUGCAUUUCAGGUGUGGAUGAUGGUCAAACUUCUCCCUCCUCUGUGAUUUCUGUAGCCACAAAUUUGGAAUUGUUUUCUCAACCUUUGAAGCAACAAAAAGCAGUUGAGCAGUCUACAAAUAAUUCUUCUGAGGCACUUUUCAAAGCUCUGUUUGGAAGAGUUGGCCGGCAAUGUGAAGUUCUUAGACUUAUCAGCCAGAUAGUCGCGCAUUCCUGGGCAAAUAAAGGAACGCACAGAAAACCAGGUCGCAGAGGAGAUCUUUGGAUGAAUUUCACUGGACCUGACAUAUUUGGUAAGAGAACAAUUGCUUUGGCUCUAGCUGAGACUUUGUAUGGCAGUAAGAAAAACUUCAUUCAUAUAGAUUUAUGCUCCAGAGAUGUGAUAUUCCACCAGAAAAGAGUCUUUGGUUAUCCGAUUGUAAAUGGAUCGAAGAUAAGAUCUCGAGGUAAAACUGUUGUUGAUCACAUUGUUGAGGAGCUGUUUAAGACACCAUCGUGUGUAGUUCUCUUUGAAAAUGUCGAUUAUGCAGAUCCACUACUGCAGCGCAGCUUGUUGCAGGCAGUUAAAGAUGGUCGAUUUUCAGACUCAUAUGGGAAGGAAGUUGUAACUAACAAUAGAAUUUUUGUGCUGACCUCGAAUAUCAAAGACAAUAACUCAGCACUCUCUUGGAAGGCGAAGCCAUUCAACUUCCCUGAGGAGAGAAUUGAAAGGGCAAAAGGCUGGCCACUUCAAAUUUUAGUUAAAGAUUGUACUUCAAAGAAAACAGGAAAGAACUACCCUAGUCAAAUAAUCUUGAACAAGAGGAAGCUCAAUGGCACAGAUGAAAAAGCUGAGCAGUAUAUAAGCACAGAUCAUAUCAAACAGUCCCAUAGGAAGUCUUAUAUGUCUCUUGAUCUGAACCUUCCGGCUGAAACUAUUGAAGCCGAUGAUGCCAACUAUGUAGAAACUGCUGUAGGGCAUAUGUCUGAAACAUCUGAUUCUUGGCUGGAGGAUUUUUCAGGUCAGUUAAGUAAGUUAUUGGUGAAACUGGUUUUCGAUCCUCUUGAUUAUGAUGCAUUGGCUACAAAAUUGUUAAAAUUGGUCCAUGAAAAAUUUAAUGAAGUGAUUGAGCCCAAGUGCUUGUUACAAGUUGAGCCAAGAGUAUUGGAUCAGAUAAUUGCAGCCGCCUGUUUAGCUAACGGCGAUAAGGAGGUUGAGCAUUGGAUUGACAGGGUACUUAGCAAAGGGUUUGCUGAAGCUCAAAAAAGAUAUCAGCUAACUGUCCAUUCCACUAUGAUGAUUUCGAUCUGUGAGGCGCUAUAUGUGGAAGAGCAGGUACAAGAAGCUUACCUUCCCUCAAAUAUAAGUGUGACUUGAAACAACUUUAGGAACAUUAGUACUUGUAUGAUCCAUAAAUGUAUAGUUUGUAGAGCUCAGCAUAUUGAAGUAGUAGGUUGUAUAAAACCUUCAUAUAUGUUUCCAAAUUAUAGUUUUGUGUUUUCAACAUGAAUGAUAUCUAUAAUAUGCAAUAAAAUGUGUUUGUGA